GCCUGCCUGCCAGUCUGUCCGCCCGCCUUAGCGACAGCUGCCAGCCGACCGAGCUGACUUCACAUCACCACCAAAAAUUCCCCUCGCUCAAUCUCCAGUUCCAUCCUGCUACCUCCUCCCUCUCCCUUUCACAUCCGUCUCUCGUCUCCUCGUCUCCUCCUCGCCCUCCUCACCUUUCUUGUCGUGUUUCCUCGACGCACCUUUGGCCUGCAGUCUCCGCCGUCUCCAAUUCCCGCUUAUCGCCGUCGUUUCGUUCUCCGCUCGCUCUCAUUUCCCGGCCUUGCUGGCCUGCUUAUCACUCCUAAUUGGUCUUGCGUCGCUAAUCCCAAUUCUCUGACCACCGCAGCGACCUCUCCAGCUUUGCAUUCUGGCUUUGCCCCGAAGCACUCGCGCUGUCUACGACCGACAACCGAUCACGACCAUAACCACGACCCGACCGAAGCGUCGCUGCUCGUCGGCUUCGCUGUGACGACAGCACCCCAGCGUAAUGGCGCCAACUACUCCACGCCUGCGGAUACUGUCAGUUGGCGGGAAUGCUGUGUCCGCCUUCCUGUCGUGGCGGCUGCAAGCGACCAACGCAUGCGACGUUACUCUCGUGUGGAAGAACCAGUUCGAGUCGGUCGCUCAGUAUGGCAUAUCGAUGAAAUCAUCGAUAUUAGGCAAUGAACGAUUCAAGCCGUAUCUAGUCGUCUCGGCUGCUGAAGAUGCCUCGACAAAUUCGAAGCACCCUUUUGACUAUGUCGUGCUUUGCGUAAAAGCGUUACCAGAUGUCUACGAUCUUGCCAACAUAAUCCAAUCUGUUGUAUCCCCUCAACAUACAUGCAUACUUCUUAAUACGACGAACGCCCUUGGCAUUGAAGAUUACUUGUCGCAGAGAUUCCCAACCAACGUAGUUCUCUCUCUAGUGUGCGGCGCAGAUCUCACUCAGCUUGGUGCGAGCGAGUUCGAGCACCGUGGCAACUCUACCGACAUCUGGGUCGGCUGGGCGAACAAGAACUCACGUAUCCCCGAAUCAAUUCAAAAGGACAUGGCCGAGGCCUUGGCCAUGACGCUCACGACCGGCAAUGUGAAUUGCGUCGUGUCGAACAACAUUCGACAGCAGCAAUUUGACCGCAUGAUUGGGCCCAUCGCAUUCCAUCCAGCAAGCGUCCUGUUUGAAACCCCCAACCAUGCGGAGCUUCUCGAACUUACCGGUGUCCGCGCCAUGGUUAUCAGUCUCAUCGAUGAACUAGUCGCGCUCGCUAAGGCUCACAACUGCACUUUCCCGGAUGACUUCCGAGAAUCAACAAUGCGCACGAUGAUACAGCCUUCUGAGAGGAACAGUAUUAUGUAUCAGGAUUUUGUUGACAAGCGUCCAAUGGAAGUCGAGACGUAUCUUGGAUCCCCCAUCAAGCUGGCGAAGGAGGUUGGCAUCUCUGUGCCACGUAUUGAAACGCUGUACGCAUUGUUGCAUCACAAGAACGCGACCAAUCUCAAGACGCCUGCCGCUCCCCCUGUGUCACCGAGUGCAAAGCCACCCCCUCCUCGCUCCUCUUCCUUCGCCGCGAACGGCGCUCCUCGACCAACAACGAAUGGCGGUGGUCCUCCUAACGGUAUGCCCAACGGAAGACGAAUGCCUUCAUUCAAUGGCCCGGCAGGACCGAUGCGACGUGGACCUCCGCCAAACGGAUACCCCCCGAGGAUGGGAAAUGGGAAUCCGAAUGGCUAUGCUCCCGAUGGCCCUAUGCAACGGCGAUCAUCGAUUGACGAGGACCUGGGCGAGUUCAGUCACGUUAUGCUCUACGAUGCUGCCCCAGAGGGCGGCUUGCCUGAUGGAGUUUAUGGUGACGAUGGCGUACAUGGUGCAUCUAGCGCAGAUCUUGCACUACGCGAGCGAGAGCUCGCCCUAAGGCAGCGUGAGCUUGAGUUAAGAGAGAGGCAGCUGCGUAUGGGUCGAGGACCCCCGCCAAGACGAGGGCCUCCCACUGUUAGUGGUUGGGCAGACGAUGAAGGGGAUGAUGACUACUUUGAUACCAUGGGACAAAGCAGUGGUCCGUCACCUGUCGUUAUGGAUGAUAACUUUGACAUGAUGAGCAUCACGUCACGUCGCAAUCGUAAAGCUCCGGUCAAUCCCAGAGCGAUGAGUGCAGGCAUGGGCGCCCCACCACCGUCAAGAGGGCGUAUGCUCUUUGGUAGAAGCAAGCCGAACCGGACGAGUGCACGACUAGUGGCAGAAAUGCCGAAUCUCACAGAUUCUAUCUUGGCCAAUCCUCUCAUGGGCUACUCGUCCAAUAGGUACGGCAACGUUGACCGAGGAGAGAUGGGCAAGGAGUCUAGACAAAACUCGCUUACCACGGAGAGACUCAAUGAGCUUCAGAAUGGCGGUAUGCCAUACGGCGCCUACCCGCCCUCUGUACAGCGCAGACAGAGCCAGUCGCCUGGAAACCCUCUUAGUCCACCCAUGAAGCGACCUUCCCCUCCGAAUGGAUACCCCCCACCUAACGGAACUAUGAACGGUCGACCUUCGCCACCGGGAGUACGACAGCCGGUGCCCAGAUAUCCACCGGGCCAGGGCAAUGCGGUAGCGCCCUCUCAGGUGGAACAACACGCAGGGGUGAGCAACCCGUACCCGCAAAAGCCGAACCCUCAAGUUCGCAGUCUGACUGGAAGUGCGAGCGCUAGCGCAGCGAGUGGUGAAAGCAGCGGCGCCAGCGCUCAUAUAGAUUCGUCUACUAGCAGCGAGAAUAGCAGCCUAGGUUCCCGACCGAUGGUUAAAACGGCGAUUCGCGUCUGAGACGUAACACAGUAGCAAGCCGUGACUCGCUUCCCUAUGCGAGCUGUGACACGACGAUAUCGAUCUUUGCGGCUCUUCUCCUUUCCAGCUUGCACGUACAACUCACAACACGACCGCCGAACACCGAACCCCCCUUGUAUCUGCGGUCUGCGUAGGAUAAACAUUUUCUACGUUCCUUUACGCAUAUCAACUGCCUCAGCAAUGGCUAGAUUCGUUCUGUUUGUAAUCAUAAUUUUCCCAGCUACGGUCAGCACAACGACAGCGCACUCGGACGCGCUUGGAGUAGCAACCGCAGAGAUAUUUUCAAUGGUGGACGCACUUAAGUGUACUGCUCUAACAUGCUUACCCGCGUGUCAUAGCACAGUACAUUCUGCAAAGCUGCCGUCAAGGUUGCAAAAAAAGUGGAAGCUGGAAGCGGCAAGGCUGGCGGCAAGCAGCUAUGGCGCUGCUUACGAUUACUCGCUUUUUUUUUUUUUCUUCAAAUCACGAAAAGCUUGGCAGUCGGUAAUUCUUCAUCUCUUUUAUCUCACCCUGUGCAUGACUGCCAGCUGGUUGGUUGGGAUUUCGAACCUUCUGGUCUCUUUUGUCACUUCCUCUUUCCACCACCAUCCUUUGCACAAGCAGCCAUUCUGGCGUAUAUUCGGAGACAGCUGCAAUUUUCCCUACUGGUAAAGCAACGAAGCAUGGCAUAGCAACACACGCACAUUCACACCAGACAUCUAUAUUUUAGUUUUUAUCACCCGACCAUUAUAAUCAUCCGCGAUGUCUGUUUCUUGCCGGAGUCCUGACGUCCCUGCUAAGGAUUGGUGGAUAUCGUGGACAAAGGUUCGUGGCAUUUGUAUGAUAGAAUACACGUUUGUGGUCGUAAAAUGAGAGUGAUCGGCGGGAAGCAGGACAAACGAAGAGAGACUUGAGUGUUUCUGAAGAAGAUCGGGCCGGGUGGCGGAGGCGAUUCAUUUCGAGCGGCGUCGGACGGUUACCAAUUCGUUUGUAUUUUCGAGAUGAGAUGGAGGGCUUGUCAGCAUGUCGUGACAGCACGACGUGGACAGUCCGACAUACGCACACAGCAAAGAUUCGUACAUAGAUUGACGAGGGAAUAAUGAUUAGAGCAAAGUUACUGCC